CAAGAAAGCCAGGCUUGGCUGUGAGGGAGAAUGCUUCACAGGGCGACAGCACUUUGUUUUGGGGUGCGGGGAGGGAGAUGUCACCACCUUGGCCAGUCCUUGUGGUCUCGUUGAGAGAUGUCUUGGAUACAAAGAGGAGCGACCGUACGCUCUGAUUGAAUACUAUCUUCCUUAGUUUCAUAAUAAGUAAUGACUUUGGAAUCAAGACCUGGUGUGAAUUUUAGUUUUUCAAGGCAUGUUAAAGUAAACAUGCCCUUGAUGCCACUCGUGCAUAUCACCUGCUGGUCACUAGUGGCCUCAGGGUAUAUGUCCCACCAGGGAAGGUGUCCUGGCGUGUGAGCCCGGCCACAUGCUUGCUCACUGCUUGGGGAGGCCGGACCUUCUGACCUUGAACUGAGUAGUCCCCACCCAGUCCCACUCAACUGUGCCCUUGCUCUGUGAGACAGAUGCUCUCCCCUUAGGGGCCUGGUGCCUGAUGGCAGCUGUGGGUCGGAUGUUGACUGUGGCGUUCCCACCCUGACCUCACUCCCUGGAUUUAAAACAGUUGGGCUUGUGGAGCAGGGAUGGCCUAUCAUUGGGGUCCUGGCCCUGAAGACACUGCCCUGUGAUGGCAGCACCUGGGGCUGCUCGCUGUAGCGUUUGGAAACCUAGCCUCUGCCUGACCACCAUGCUCUUGGGAAGAGGGUUUCAAACCUGAGCACUGACUGGAGAGUCAGACACCCCCAGGAGACCCCCAUGGUACUUUCCAGGUGGACCAGUAUUUAAGAGGAGAAGUAUGGACUUCUCAGUACUUUACUGAAGGGAAGCUUGUUUUCAGAGCCUUUAUUAGUCCCUUUGCCAGGUGAAAAGGGAAGACUGUUGAUACGGCUUUUUGCCAUCUUUCCUCAACAGAAGAAAUUUAAUCUGUGCUGCUGUUAGAAACAGACAUGCCAGGUGUGUCCAGCCCACAUCCUGUGUGGCCCCUGGCGGAGAGGAGGGGUGUCUCAUUUGCCCAGUGACCAGAGAGGCCCUGGCUCUCAGCUGGCACAUGGGGCAGGGGGUGGGGCGUCUGAGUUCCCUCCAUGCCCCGGGGAAAGCUCAGCAGAAGACUCUGCCCCUGCAGCCUUAGUCAGGGCAUUAGGACUGUCUACAUGGCUUCUGAGGUGGUGACGAAUAGAGCAGAAGGAGAUGAGAAGGAGCCUGGUGAGGAUUGAGUAAAACCUAGAAGCUGGAGUUUUAAGGAGCAACAUUGCCAUAAGAAUUUCCAUGCUGAGGGUGCCAAGGCAGAGGGAAGAGGAAUGAUUGCCUAUACCCAGGAUGGGACCUGGCCAAGUGGACUAGGACUGAGCAGAAAAGUCUAUUCCAUUGAGAGCUGAGGCCUUGGCCUUGGCCUUGACACAUUCACCUUCUGUGGAGGAGGCUGUCCCCUGCACUGCAGCACCUACCCCAAACAUGUUUCCAGACAUCUCCGUGGAUUUAGAAGUGGGAAUCCCCACCAUUCGAUGGUGCGGGGCAGAGGGGGACUACAACGUCAUGGUGAUGGAGCUGUUGGGACCAAGCCUGGAAGACCUCUUCAACUUCUGCUCAAGGAAAUUCAGUCUCAAAACUGUCCUACUCCUCGCUGACCAAAUGAUUAGUCGUAUUGAGUACAUUCAUUCAAAGAACUUCAUCCACCGAGAUGUGAAGCCAGAUAACUUUCUCAUGGGACUGGGCAAGAAGGGCAACCUGGUCUACAUCAUAGACUUUGGGCUGGCCAAGAAGUACCGGGACGCCAGGACUCACCAGCACAUCCCCUACCGUGAGAACAAGAACCUUACCGGGACUGCUCGAUAUGCCUCCAUCAACACCCAUCUUGGAAUCGAACAAUCUCGACGAGAUGACUUGGAGUCCCUGGGCUAUGUGUUAAUGUACUUCAACCUGGGCUCUCUCCCCUGGCAGGGGCUGAAGGCUGCUACCAAGAGACAGAAAUACGAAAGGAUUAGUGAGAAGAAAAUGUCCACUCCCAUUGAGGUGUUGUGUAAAGGCUACCCUUCUGAGUUUGCCACAUACCUGAAUUUCUGCCGCUCGUUGCGUUUUGAUGAUAAGCCUGACUACUCGUACCUGAGACAACUCUUCCGGAACCUGUUUCAUCGCCAGGGUUUCUCCUACGACUAUGUGUUUGACUGGAACAUGCUCAAGUUUGGUGCCAGCCGGGCCACUGAUGAUGCUGAGCGGGAACGCCGGGACCGAGAGGAGCGGCUGAGACACUCUCGGAAUCCAGCUACCCGGGGCCUCCCUUCCACGGCCUCAGGCCGCCUGAGGGGGACACAGGAAGUGGCUCCCCCCACGCCCCUCACGCCUACCUCACACACUGCAAACACCUCUCCGCGGCCUGUCUCUGGCAUGGAAAGAGAGCGGAAAGUGAGUAUGCGGCUGCACCGCGGCGCCCCGGUCAACGUGUCCUCAUCUGAUCUCACAGGCCGGCAAGAUACCUCGCGCAUGUCCACCUCACAGAUUCCCGGUCGGGUGGCGUCCAGUGGUCUUCAGUCUGCCGUGCACCGGUGAGCCGCUCUGUACCGUGAAGGGCAGACAUGCAUGGCUGAUCUACUCUGUACCAAUGGCUUCCUAGUGAUGCGCCCCGACCUAGAGCAGGAAUGUUGACACCGGAGCUCUCCAGGCCACUCACCCAGCGACGCGCACGGGACACACACACACUAGACGGACAGAUGCCACGUGCUGCCAACGCCAGGCGCCACGGCCCACAUGUGAGCUCAGCCACCGCUGGGAGGAGCACGUGUGCGCGAGACCUUGCGAGAGACUCAGCCCACCACGAGCCUUUCCCUCCGCCUCCCCGCCAGUCUACUGUAACUACCGACCUUUCUCUUGGUUAAGACAGUUUUGUAUCAUUUUGCUAAAGAUUAUUGGCUUAAAUCUGUGUAAUGAAACAUGUCUUUUUAUUGUUUCCUUCUUGUCUGUUUUUGCGGUCUUAAAAAGAUGUUAAAGAAUCCUGAAACAAA